AUGAAGGAGUUUCAAAGGCAUUCAAGGAUUCAAGGAGAGUUACAAACUUUCCCACAUUAUGAGGGAGGAGAGGAGCACAUCUUUCAUGGUAUGGAUUUUGAUAAACGAUCGUACUUUGAAGCACGAAAUAUAGUUAGGGAAUUCAAGUAUGAUGUUCCUGAACCAAUACCUAAGGAUGGAAUCAAGGGUGUUGAUGGAAAUGAGGAUUGUGAGGGUGAUGGUGAAGUUCAUAUGGAGGUUAGUAGUGAUGGUGAAACUAUAAUAGAUGGGAUGGAUAGUGAGAUUGUAAUGGACAAUGUUGAGGCUAGAUGGUGUUAA